AUGAAUAGUCUCAAAGUUACCAAUACAACCGAUAUCAAAAUACAAAAUAAUACAAAAGACAACAACACCAAGACUACUCCCGCAUACAAUGGAUUCAAGACACCUCCAUCUAACUUCUUGACAUCCCCACUAGGAUCUCCCAGCCAGGUGAAAGCUCCGCGACCUGGUAACAUCCGAAGAGCAUUACCUAUCUCACCAACAGUUGGAAAGAGAGGGUUUCGUAACAGAAACAAUCUUGUCGACAGUCAAAGAGCGGCUCACAGCCUACCCAUUCAUGACAGUCUAUAUUUGAGACUUCUUGCGGAGACUCGUCGUCAACGUGAGAAUCCUAGAGGAAUUUUGAAAAUUCCCGAGACUCAAGAUGAUGGUGCUCAAGAGAUUAUAUCGCCUACGCUCAUGUAG